AUGGCGGUAAAAACUUGCACUUCGUCGGCCGGCAGUGACAGAGCAGCGAGGCUACAGAGUAGUUGUGUUGCAACGGGCAGCUUGACUUCCGAUUCACAGAUUGAGAAAACACAUUUGGUCGGGGUGCAUCGACCCUGUGGGUUUUUCGCGCAAUAUGGCCUGCUUGCCAGCAAAGCCAACUUGGUUGUUCAUCAUGCCAGGACCAGGCCAUUUUGGUUAUUGUCACCCAUCAAUGUGGUCCGGCCCCUGAGAGUACGGUCAAGCUCCGGGCUGGUUCAUGCUCACGGCUCACCUCACCUCAGCUUGGUUCGCCUUGAGCGCAAGGGAACGGUGAAGGAUGGGACAGACAGACUGUCGAGGACCACAAAUGCGGGAACGCGCAGGCAUGCGUCCAUUCUCAAACCGCGCCGACGGCAAUCUCAGCCCGGGCCACCAGACGAGUCUACCCACUCGUGGAGUAUGCUAUGCAGAGUACCUAGGUAG